AUGUCAAAAUCAAGAGUAGCCCCGCUUCGAGGUGAUAACAAGAUGCUCACACUGCCUCAACUAGAACUAAUGGCAGCUAUCGUUGGUAUUCGAAUAGCCAAGACCAUUCUGAAAUCUUUUGCGCCCCUACACUACAAGCCAAAAUGCAUCCUGUGGUCGGAUAGUCAAAUCGUUCUCUAUUGGUUGACCCAAGCAAACACAAAGAAAUCUCAAUUCGUCGGCAACCGUGUGAAAACGAUGUGUGAUUUUAAUAAGGAACAUGAAGCUAGUUGGCGGUAUUGCCCAACGCAUCAGAAUCCGGCGGAUCUUCUCACCCGAGGAAUAACCUAUCGACAAUUUUCAUCAAGCUAUUGGUUUAGAGGACCGACUUGGCUUCCCAACAGCAAAAGUUGGCCAGAGUGGAACAUGAUACAAGAAUCAACUUCCUUAAUCCAUAUGGCUAGUGUAAACAUAGAGCCAUCCCUGAAUCACGUUGAAUCACAAAAAGGUGGAGGCAUUUCAUCAGUGUUCGAUAUAUCUCGAUACAAGUGGUCCUCUUUGAUAAGAGUGACAGCCAUUGGCAGGCGUCCAGCAUUGGUCUCCCAGCUUGACUUAUUCAUCGGAAAGGACGAACUCAUCCAUUGCAAUGGACGGUUGGGGAAUGCGUCCAUCAGUGCCACAGCUAAACAUCCAGUGUUACUACCCACAAAAUCAAACGUGGCCAAGUUAAUAGUGCAGGCAGUUCAUGAGCAAGUUAUGCACAGUGGCGUGAAGCACACAGUGUCAGCUGUAAGGCAAAGAUUUUGGAUUCCACGCAUCCGUCAAGUAGUCAAGAACAUCUUACAUUCGUGUGUCACUUGCCGCCGCGUGAAUGGACCUCCGCAUGCAACCCCGAACGAAGCACCACUACCACCGGAAAGAGUGACCAAUGCUUUGCCAUUUACGGUCACAGGGGUGGACUACACUGGCGCAUACGUCAUAAGAGGACCAAACGAAGCUCCAAAACAAGAUCAAAAUGUUUACAUUCUACUUUUCACGUGUGCGACCUCAACGGCAAUUCAUCUAGAAGUCGUGGAAGAAUUAACUACAAAGGCAUUUAUUGAAGCUUUUCGCUGCUUCACUACACAUCAUUCGAUACCAUCUGUUAUCAUGUCGGAUAACGCAACAACUUUUGAAUGCGCGGCAAAAGCCUUUAGAAAAAUCUUCACCAAUCCUGGACUCAUCCGACAUCUAUCAGAUAUUCAAAUCGAGUGGCGAUUUAUCCCAAAAAGAGCUCCAUGGUACGGUGGAUUUUGGGAACGGCUGGUGGGUGUAACAAAAAGAACUCUGGAAAAAAUUAUUGGACGUUCAAAACCGACAAUGAGUGAAUUUAGAGCCAUCGUAGCGGACGCUGAAGCAGUCAUCAACGAUAGACCACUGGAGGAACCAUCAUCAGACCUACAAGACGGGGAGACACUCAGCCCAGCACACUUAAUGUAUGGACGACGUAUAGUCAGCCUUCCAUUCAACAGCGAAAUGGCGGAGGAAAUAUUAGACCCCUCAUUCAAAGAGGAACCUUCAGACAUCAAAAAGUAG